CGAAACAGCUUCGCCGGCAAAUUCAACGCCUGCACGACAGAUUUAAUAAAAGAUAUAUUCACUUGCAGAAAUAGAAAAACAUCUUUUUUUUUACACAGGACAAUAACGCACGUUGAAAAACGCCGCUGUUUCUGUAAAUAGUCUGCAUUCGACCUUAUGUUUUUUUUUAAUUUUUUUAUUUCACUAGGAUUACAGUUGCGCUGGUUUCUUUUAUAAACAUUCUAAUAACGAUAUUCAUUACUGUUUGCAAGCUGUACUUAGCAAUACAAUAUUCUCUGUUGUUUUCACAAAUUGAAGACACAAUUAAAACUACUUUUGCGGUAUGAUCUCGCGUUAAAUGGUUCCCCUGGAAAUAAUAUGGACUACCUUUCAUUACACUGUUAUGUCUUGCCCACAGAUAUUAAAUGUAGUUCACACAUGCGUAUUUGCGCGCGGGUACUGAGUAGAAAAUAACUAGUAAGAAUAAUAAUGUGCGUAUAUACCAAAUCACACCUAGAUAAUUUAAAUAUAUCACAAUCAAUGGCCCAACGUUAGUUUUUGUCUAGUAGUUUACUGGUGGUAGGACCUCUUGUGAGUCCGCACGAGUGGGUACCACCACCCUGCUUACACUUAUAUUAACAAAAAAAACAAUAAACAAAAACAGGUCAGGUACAACUAAACACAUAAACAUCUUCUAUGUACACUAGCGUUAUAAUUGUAAGAAUUUCUGUAUAAUACUAUCGCAACCCUGAAACCGUCAAUGAAAGUGUUGCCAUAACAAAGUUAAAGUUCAAUAUAAGUUUAUCGGGCCCGAAGGCUUACUAAAGGGUCGCAACUUGAAUAACUUUGGUCUCAUUAGUAAGUUCGGGAGUAGUCCACAAAGCUAGUGAAACUUUCCUUCAUGCUUAAUAAUAAACAAUAUUGACUUUUAAGAUUUAAACCUCGUAUAGACGUCUCAAGCUUUCUUUCCUUUACUUACGGUACUUUAAGUAUCUUUUUUAGUAUCUCACCAAUAGUUCUGAAUACCUAUACUUACAUUAAUCUGAUAGUAAUGAUUAUUUUAUUUUAUCAUUUUAAUUUUGCAAACUAUCCCUGCCAAAUGUUCUUGUAAACUAUGGACACAUGUACGAAACACUUAAGUUUCUAAAGAAACUCUCGCUUUAGCUAGUGUACGUCAAACACACACACAGUGACAAAAACUUUUCCUGAAAUAACACUGAACAAAUGUUUAAAGUUUAAAUUCAGUCUCAUAGACAGUUCGAACCGGCAGAACACAAAAGAAGAAACAAAUAAAGUCAUUUCAAACAUAUUAGUGUUAGAUCCGUAACGGCUAGAAGCCUUCUCGUAUCGUCUCCGCCUUUCAGAAUAAAUUAUAUACAUAGAUAAAAAAAAACUUAACUGAGUUUAUUCUGUCGGUCAAUUUUAUAUCGACUUUUGUCACAUUUUUAUUUUUUAUACUAGCGACCCGCCCUCGCUUCGCUUGGGAAACAUUAAAUUUUAUUAUUGUUAGGCGAAGCCCGCCAUGUUGCGCGCGUUCCGAUAAUAACUGCAGGUGACGCCGCGGAGCGAAGCUAGUCUAAGAAAAGUAGCCUAAGUUACUCCUUAUAUCAUCAGCUACCUAUUAAUGAAAGUCUCAUCAAAAUCGGUCUAGCCAUUCCAAAGAUUAGCCGGAACAAACAGACAGACAGACAGACAAAAAUUGUAAAAAAUGUUAUUUUGGUGUAUGUACCGUAUAUAUAUUCAUAUGCAUGUAGCAAAAAGCGGUUAUUUCAAUACUACAAACAGACACUCUAAUUUUAUUUAUAUGUAUAGAUAAGUAAAAAAAAAAACAUUUUUGGUAGACACAAAAAAAGCAAACACACGCCGUAUAUGGACAGGCUAGAAAAAACAACUUUGCAUUGGAUACACGGCUAUCAAUCACGCCUCCAAUCAUUGUUCAAUAAGUUUAAGGUAUGAUCAAUCACAUCAGCGCUAUGUUUGGUCGCUCUGCAUUCUUUAAAAUCAAGGCUUCUUGCCUAUCUCUAUACCUACAAACGUUAUGAAACUUCAAUGAUCAACUAUCGACCGACUGAAUCAAUCUCGUGUUUGACACAAAGCGAAAGAAAUCACGUUCUUAAAAAUUAUCUUUGUCGUCACAAAUCACGACCGCGGCUCACCGUGGAAUACGUAUUCCAAAGCGUGGAUAUCUUAUCAAAUCAAAAUUAUUGUGCAAACGAGAACAGUUUAUCGGGCAAUCUCGAAGGCGGCGCACCGGGUCACAGCGAGGUCUCGAGCCUUACCAUUUACCACUUCGUUUUAGCCACGCCAUUCGGCAAACCGUUCGCGCUUCGAGUGAACGUCAGAACGCGCGACUCACGUAACUAUUGUACUGUGAAUAGAGUGCGCGAAGUCGAUCGCGACGUGCAAUGCCCAAGGCUCCGCGUGUCCCGCUACCCUUAGCAGGGCUAUGGAGACCCUCCUCGACAAAUUCAAAAGGGAGCAAGGAGGGCUGCGACGUUCCAGAUCCGUCCGCGCUUCACUGCGACUGAUAGGGAACCGCUGGCGUUCGAACAAGGAAGAACCACCGGCAGAUGAUAUAGACAACGUGAAACGGAACACCGUCGUGUUUACGAAGCCUAUUUGGUGCGAGAAGGAGUACGACGACGUCGCUUACGCCGGAGUAAACGGUACGUACAAGCCAAAAACUCCGGUCAUGGCGAAACGGAAAGUGGAACCGUUAAAACAGAGAAGGAAAAGUGGAGACGUGGACUUGAGUUUGAAGCCUCAGAGACAAAAGAAAAUCGAGAAGAAGUUCAGUGAUUUGUUUACGAAUAAAAAACAAAAGAGUGUAUCUGCAAAAGAGCUGAUUAUACCAGAGAAGAUACCCCCAAAGGCAGCCGCAAUACUGCAUAUUCAUGCGCCGGAGAAAGAUAAAAAGAAGAAACUUAAGUCAAUGGGGAAAUCUGAAUCUGCUAAGUCAAUGUCAGAUUUUGUAGUUCAGAAACGUGUGCGGCGAGGAUCCGAAGGGGAUACGUUCCCUCACCAGCCAAGGGGCCGGGUCAACCCGGCGUUUGUGUACAGCACCCCACCAAAGGAGAGAAAGCUGCCCAUGUCGCCGACUUCUUACCUGAAGCUCCAGUACGGCGCGCUGCUCGAAGGGUGCGGGGGGGAACUUCCGUCGUUAAGUGCUUGUACCCCUCACCCCCCGCACCUCGACAAAGCGACGCGCCGCCAACAGAAAGACGCACGCGCCCAACAUGACAAAAUCGCACAAGUUAACAUACAUUUGCACGCACUCUUCGCUGCUGUCGAGCAUGGGUACUUGGACAAAGCCAGAAACAUACUGGACUCGACUGACGUGGAUGUCAAUAGUCUCAAUGCGGACGGCCUCUCACCGUUGGACGUUGCGGUGCUCUCAAACAACCGACCACUUGCCAAGAUGCUCAUGGAAUUCGGUGCUAAAGAAGGAACACAACUUAAGAACUCUGAAGCAUUGGGUGCCCAUCUACGUCGCUUGGCCCGAGACGCAGAGUCCAAGCUACAUGACGUUAUCGGAUGUGCAACGGAGCGACCAUGUCGCGAUGACGCUUGUACCAGAUCUUCAGCUAGUGGUCAAGGCACUGGCACGACCGGGUGUGCUGGUGGGACUGGCUCCGAAAAGGAUAAACAGGCACAGCAUUGGGAAAGAAGAGUCAGAACCCUCAAACGUCUUGUCCAAGGCUGGCAACAGCUUCGUGUGCCUCUUGCGCCAAACGCACCAGAUCUGGAGGUCUGUGGAUCUCACGCGGUCACGGUCCGGUUAAGAGACGCCAAACCAGCAUCCCUUGAAGACUUACCGGCCGUUACUAAGUUUAAAGUGGAGUGGUCAUCGCGAGCCGAUUUCUCUAACGUGUGCGGGGUCCGUGAGCUGACCUCAUCGGGCGCUAACGUCGGCACCAAAGCCUUGAUCACGGGCCUCACGCGGGGCAGGCGAUACUUCUUGAGGGCUGCCGCCGGGAACAUCAAGGGUUGGGGGCCGUUCAGCGUUUCUGUACCCAGAAGUGUCGUGCCGAGCAGUUGGCGUGACGUGUCGUGUCGCGUGUCGCGCGGCGAGGCGGGCGACGCGGCGGCUGCCUUGGAGGCGCUGUGGGCGGCGGCGGCGGGCGCGCGCUCCCGCCCCCCCGGCCCGCCCCGGGUGCCGCGGAAGAAGACUGCCACCAUACGACAACUCUUCACCGCUGCCAGCAAGUUCCAGAAGAACUUGAGAAGAGGCGUCUACCUCGCGUGCAUUCUGUACCACGAGGAUAAAGUGUUGGUGACCAGCGAAGAGUUCCUGCCGGUCAUCGAAGUUGACGAAACCUACCCCACCUGUAUCUACACGGAUUUCCAUUGGCUAAUGAAGGUGUCAUGCUCCUGGGACGACGUGAAGUCUCUGCGCUCAGACAUGGAGAAGCAUACGUCAUCGUCCAUACACUUCAGACUGAAGCUACUGACGGCCGCCGCCCAGAUGCAGUCCGCUCUCGGAGUGCAGGACUUAGGUCAGUUAUUCCACAAGCCCCUAAGAGACUCCCACGGCACAGUGGUGCUCUCUUGCGUGAACAGCGUUAAAUCUGCGAAGUCUGUGUCCGCGCUGAACUCGAGGUGGGCCCCCGUGUCCAAGCUGAGGCGGCGAGUGCUGAGCGAGGACAACACCAUAGGGGAACUCCUCAUGGCUUCCGUGCACGAACAGAUCGCGUACCAUCAGGUGUCUAGAGUGCAAUUAUCACGCGGGCUGUAUCUCGGCUAUCUGAAGCUGCAGUCCUCGGUGGAGGUGGUCCGGAUCGUGGCUCCGGCGCGCGCUCCCAACGUGCCGCCUCACACCAGGGUCCGAGACAACCCGCACGUCUCAGCUGAAGAAUGGGAGUACUUAAGAAAUCAGUCGGGCAGAUCGGAUGACACCCAACAGAUCCCCUCCAUUAACAACUCAGAGAAGCCAUCAGAAUCUCAAGAGAUGUUCUUCGACAACAUAGCCGCUGCUGCAAGAAGACUCUUCAAAGAGAUGGAUAUCCCUAUAGACAGUGUAGCUUCCCACCGAAUCUAUGACUUGGAAGUCAUAGAGCUGAACAAUGACGUCAGCUUCGUGAUGAUAUGCCCGCCGGCCGAACAAGCCUGCUCAGUCCCAGGACAGAAGGAGAUACUGCUCCAGAAAGGCGAUCUGCUCAGCUUACCGAUACAAGCUUUCGAGAUGAUUCAUCUGCAGACUUACCACACGAAUAUCCUCAAUAAAUACUCUAAGCUCAGCUGUGUCCUCGAACUGGACUUGGCCCUAGCCGCUCACUCGCACAGAGAAGCCUUCUCGUGCACGGAACUUCAGACUGCCAAAGAAAGGCUCGCUAAGUUAGAAGAUCUACAGAACACUUUGAAUACCGUUUGGAAGGCGGAACGGUGGUUAAUGGAUCUAAUAUGUUUCGCCAGGGACAAAGACAAGGCCGCCCAAAGCUCCGGUAUAUUGCUCAAGCACGUUCUAGAAAAGACUCCGACGCAAACGAUUGACGGUCCCGACAUAGAGACCCUGGAUAGGGAGUCCAAGUUGAAGGACUUCCUUCAGAUACCGUCGAGAGACGGAAAAAUCACCAAAACCUCUCCGGGCCGAGGAUCCUGGCCCGGGCCAGCCGGCAACGGGAAUCACGCAAACUUGCACCCGGAAUUCAGCAAAUCCGAACAGCAACUCAGCUUGGCUCCGAGACAAACGUCCGUUUCCACGCUAAAUCUGAGCAGCGCGCAGAUGCUCAACGAUGAAGCCAUGAAAUACGCCAGGAAGGGCAGCGCGGACUCCCAAUACACCCAGUCUAGCACGAACUACAUGAGCAGUAACUCCCAGUUCGAUAUCAAAUCAUCCGGAUCUCAUACUAGUAUCGGCAGCAAUCGCCUCCCGCCGUCCAGAAGUGAGGAUACCCUGGUGCUUCAGAAUGAGAACGUUGAACCGAAGCCGCGGCCUCACAGCAUCAACGCGAGCUCGUCGAACUCCUCCAGCCCGCUGCUCACGGUCAAAGGCUACUACCCCGGCAGCAUGAUCAGCGUCAGGGCGUCCAAAGGAAACGUCUCUGAGUCCGUUCAGAGUCUAUCCAGCGACUCGGAGAGCCAGAGCUGCCCCAUCACGACAGUUCCUCUGAAAAUCCGUCCCAAGCAAUAUCGUGUUCUUUCCAGCGUUAUAACCUCGAAGAGUAUGACUAAUGUGAAGAGUUCCGAUGUGGAAUACACUGAUACUGGUCAAGAAUACCCGAAGAACAGUCUUUGCGUGAAGCGACAACCGCUUCUGGAGACACAAGAGGACGCGGAGUAUAACAAUAAGGUUCCUAAGACUGAGGAGACGAGGAGUGAAGUGGAUGAUGUGGUGAAGGGGCCUGCAGAACUGCGGACUUCGGAACAGGUAGCAGGGAUACUGCAGGUGUAUGCGGCCUACGAAACUGGUCUAGCGGCCGGGACGUCGCUGAAGUUACACGUGACGCCCCGCACCUCAGCCCGCGAGGUCAUCGACCUGGUCGUCAAACAACUCAAUAUGGCCGCCGUGUCAAAAGGAAAAACUGGACCGGUUUACGGACCGGAAAAAUUGAAAGACUUCUGUCUGGUGGCCGUCAUAGGAGCGCGGGAGAGAUGUUUGCGAGAUGAUUUCCGCCCGUUGCAACUUCAAAAUCCGUGGAGGAAAGGACGGCUGUACGUUAGACUCAAGCAUGACGUUUUGGCGGCAUUGCAGCAUUCGGCUAAACAGCCGGCUUACAUUUAAAUAUCGAACGAACCACAGAUACAAUAUUUUAACUUUUUUUUUUUUUAUGUUUUUAGCACACGUAAAACUGUAAGUACCUAAUAAAUACAAUGAUAGGAUCAUUCGCUCAAAACAAAAUUAUUUUAUGUUGUGAAUUUUAGUGAACUUUAAUUUUGGUGCCAAUCAAUUGUUUCGUGUUAAUGCUUUAAAUAGAUAGUUAAGUAAAGUUGUGAAUAACGUUUACGAUAGAAAAUAAUAAAACAUUUAUGGUGCUUUCAUCGUAAUAACGAUAUUUUGCAUAGUAUUUCUAUUGAAUUUUCACACGACUAUCACUCACAAAUAUAUCAUUAUUUAAGUUGCUGAUUCAUUGGUACUAUUUUCAAAAUCAGUAAUAGGAAAUACUCCCAAUAAUUAAUCAACGCUGAAUAAAAAGCGAUAUCUAUAGCUUUCUCUUUCUCUCUUAUAGUAAACGUAAGUGACAGCUAUCACAACUAAAACGAGUAUCUUAGAUAAAAUAGUAUGAAAAAUAGUAUGUAUUCUUCAUAAUAGAAUUUGUUUGCGUCUAAUAACCAAACAUUCAAAGCAAGUGUUCUAGACUGUUCCUAGAUUUUUGCUUGCGAGACUGCUUUCGUGUCUAGAUAGAUAUCAAUUUUCGUCUUAUAUUCUAGAUCUAUCUAUCUUAUCUCUAGAAUCUAGGCACUAAUUUAGGUAUUUAAUAAAACUUAGUACUGAAUUCAGUUAACGAUGUCCGUAAGUUUUGAUAUUUGUUUUUGAACUUGUUCAACUUGUCGGUGCCUGAUUUGUUUUUGAACUGAUUGGAAUCAUAUCGCUGGGACAACAGGGUUACGAGGUAACGCUAAUAUUUUCAACGUAUUUCAAGUACAUACUCGUACGCGAUUUCUUGAAAUUCGAACGGGGCAGUAGAGACGUUUAUUUUUACAAACAAAACCAUUUGCCUACUUUUUUUUUUCGAAAGCAACUUUUUCCCGCCUCCCCGUCUUGACAUUUGUGUCAGUCGUGUAGUAAUUACGCAUAAUUUUUUUCUGAUUCGAUUUUUAUUACACGGUAUUUUUAUUAUACCCCUUCAUCGUGAAAAUCAAUCGUGAAUAAUUCGUCCCCAUGGAGCGAGAGUUAACUAAAUCUAAAAACUGUGUUAUGAGAUAAUCGCAUUUGAAAGUUCAGAAAAUUUCAAACGGCCAUAACUUGCUUCAGAUAAGUCAAAAUUGUCACCUUGAAGUAAAUAUAAUAAUUUUUUUACCAAACAAAAAUUGUAUUAAGUAAACCAUAACUUAAGUGGGAAUUCAUCAUCGUAUCGUUAGUGUAUCAGUUAUCGCUAAAACGAUAAAAUUAAUUAAAUUUGUGUUAGGAUUUUUCGAAUUAUAUUUUUUGUAUAAAUUGAAAAGGGGAAGUCAACAUGCCGAGUAUUAAAUAAAAAAAACAAUUUUAUUUCUAUGUACUUAGUUAAAUUUCGCUCUGUAGGGACAAUGUGAGUUAAAUACGCGUCUCACGUCUGUAUGUGUCUAAUGUUAGAACAAUCUGUAGCUGUUUGCGGGAUUUUAAAAAUGACACAGUCGAAUCGCUCGAUACGAAUGCAUCUCGCGUCUUAUCUUUUAGCCCACGAUGACUUCUAUGGCACAAGUUGUGUGGUGAUAACUAACAAUGAAGGUUCUUAACACUUAAAAGCUUAUAGAAAAUAAAUUACCCGUAAAGGUCUGAACAAACUCAUUUCGAUCGUCCAGCACUAUUGUGUAAAUAUAAGUCUUAGUCGAUUCGCUUUCCCAUCUAUGGCAUAUGGUCUUGCUCUUACUUUAACGAUCAAGUAAAAUAAUGAUCAUGUAAUAUAUAAGUGAGUCCAGUGUGCUUAGUCCGAGUUUUAAAACGUUCACGAUAGCGUAAAAGUUAACUCAAUUUUGUAGGCAGUUGGAAUAGUGCCCUUAGCGGCAAACGCAGGCAAACGCUCCCAUUCCAUACAACUAUGUGCUAACUUUUACGCUAUCGAAAACGUUAAAAAACUCGCACUAAGCAUACAGUACAUGUUUACUGUACCCACUUUAAGAGCUCUCGGAAUGAACGAAACGACGUACUGAAAAUCAAAUUCCACCGGAUCUCAAAUUGUAGUACAGGCCGAGUCACGCGUCAUUUUACAAACGGGAUAUUCUAACAAUUUAUUCUUGUAUUCAACAUUUUAUGAAACGUUACCUAAAAUAUGAAAUAGUGUGACCUUCAACAACUUGUAUAGUAACCGGCAAACAUCGUGAGCAAAUGACCUUGACUGCGCAGAACCGAAUUUUAGAUCACUUUGGUGGUGAGGGUGAGGCGCGACGGCAGGGGAAAUCGUAUCGAGCGCGUUAUUGGUAGAUCAGUCGAACCUUGCGUCCCGCACCGCGCCUUCGUUCCGCUUGCUCCCAAAAGUACGCUUGCGUACAGUGAAAAGUCUAUCGUUACUAAUCGUUAAGUUAUAUUUUGUUAUAAUUGCUUGUUGACUUUGUUGCCAUUGCUAUUUGUUGAGUGUUUGUUGAUUUUUUAUAAAAAAUACACUAUGCCGCGACAAACUGGUGUAGUAUUCAAAAGAAAGGGUAGAAAAAUUGUGUACGACGUAUAUUGCUUCAUUAUAAAACAGGGGAAGAAUGAUAUUAUGGAAAAAGUAAAACAGACUUCGGAAGCAACAAAAACAUCAGUGAGUACUGUUAGGUGCAUUAUUAACGAAGCUAAAGGCUCUGGCUUGCUCAUCGUGCUUGGGACUCCGGGUAAGAAAAGAUCAGGGAAGAAGAAAGUUACCGGAAUGGAUAGUUUCGUUCAAUCUGUAAUAAAAAGAUGUAAUCAUAAUAACUACAUAACAAGCAGCGAAACUCCGUACCGUAGAAAGGCUUCGAAAAUUUUAAAGAAGAUAUACAUUUUAAUGGCUCGGAAUGAAGUUUACGACGAAUUAUGAAAGAGCUAGGCUUCAGAUGGAAAAAAAAACAGAAAAUAAUCGGAAGCUGGUAAUUGAAAAAAGUAACAUUCGAUUACUACGAAUCGAAUAUCUUCAAAAAAUAAUUAAUUAUAGACAAAAAAGAAGAUCGAACCGACCGAGUCGUAAACUACACCGAUGAGCCCUAUGUCGACUUAUCACGAUGAUGGCGACUCGGGUGAUGAAAACAGUGAUGAUGAUAAUGGUCAAGAUUAUGAUAACGAAAAAAAAAUUACAAAUACCAGCUUCGCUUCAACUGAACGAAGACCUGGCAACAGCUCUAGUUUUGACUUAAUAGAAGGAAUAUCUAUUUUACCCCAAGAUGAAAUUAUUAUAAUUAUUAACCUAUAUUUUUUGUUGAUGUUCUAAUAAAUAUAUAAAUAAAUACAUAUGUUGAUUUUAAUAAUUUAAUUGCAUUAUGACGCAGAGUAAAUAAGGUUUUUGCACGUGAGUGUACCAUGCGCAAACUUACCCCCACUACGUCAACAAAUGCUCAAGAAGUUUGCCGGCUAUUAUACCUAUCGCUCCGGUAUUGGGCACUAUGAUAUCUGCGAUUCAAUUAUUUUUAUUUCACUCGCUUUAAAAGAGGCGAGGCGAAGAGGUUUUACUACUGGUGGUAGGACCUCUUGUGAGUCCGCGCGGGUAGGUACCACCACCCUGCCUAUUUCUGCCGUGAAGCAGUAAUGCGUUUCGGUUUGAAGGGUGAGGCAGCCGUUGUAACUAAACUUGAGACCUUAGAACUUCUCAAGGUGGGUGGCGCAUUUACGUUGCGGAUGUCUAUGGGCUCCAGUAACCACUUAACACCAGGUGGGCUGUGAGCUCAUCCAUCCAAAUAAGAAAUAAAAAAAAAGGCGAGCGAACAAAAAUUUUUUUUUUUUUUUGUUAUACAUUCGAUUUGGUUUAACUGCCAUUAAUAAAUAGGCAAUAAAAAUGAACUAUGAUAAUGUUUGCAAUAAUAAUCAAUAGUAAUGUCUUCGCGAAUCAUAGACACAAUUGAAAAUAUUUUAACUACUACCCUCAUUAUUUUUCAUUUUAGCGUUAAAAUUUUAAUCCGUAUUUUUUUAAUACACACAUCGUACAUACCUAUUUGUUAUAAUUUAUUUCAGUAAAUCUUCAAAUAAUUUGUAUUGUGUAUACAAGUUUUAAAUGCUUUACAAUAAAACACUAACGGUGUUAUUCAUGAUAUAUUCAUAAUGAGCUAUUGGGACUCUGAGAAGACUUUUCAAAAUUAUUAUUUUUAAAAGUUUUGUUCGUUUUUAUGUUAUUUUAUCUAAGACACUUUGAAUGUCUCCUUGUAACUUAGUUAAAGACCUAUGAGAACUCCAAAUAAAUAAAAUGAAUAUUAUUAUUAAUUACGAAGCUAAGAACACUUACCAAUAGAUCUUUGAUCUCCCGAAAAGUAUUUUGUUAAUUUUAUUGUUUUAAAAUAUGUAUUGUAAGUAAAAAAAAAACAUAUUUUUUCAAUACGAAAUAUUUUAUUAGGUAAUUAAAUAUGAAUACUCAAGUACUUAUAAAGGUAUUUUAUAUUAUACAUAAUUUUGUGUAUUUUACAUUUAUUGUAAUGAAAUUGUAAAUGUUGUAGUUAGUGUGUAAAAAAAACGUGUAAGAUAUGAUGUGUUAAAAUCUUAGUAUAUUACCAAUGAUUCGAGCCAUAAAUUAUGCAAUGAAAUGAUGCGUUAAUUUUUUUAUUACUUUAAGCCUAAUUGAAAAGUCUUAUGAUGAAAUUAUAAUAUAGUUUUUAUUUUGAUAGUACAUAAUGUGUUUCUAUUCACCCAAUCUGGUGUUGUACAUUAGCGUAGAAUGAGUGGAGUAAUGAAGUGAUGCACACAAUAAAUGUAUUUCAAAUCA